CAAGAUGGUGGCGUGUUGGAUAGUGCACUGGGAGGCUGUGGUGGUGGUGCUGCAGUGAGACGCCUAAACGCUGUGUGUGGGCUGCCGCGAUGCCCAAAUACUAUGAAGAGAAGGAGGAGGACGGGCGGGCCUGUGCAGGGGUUCGGGAGGACCUGAUACAGUGUCUGCUCGAGACCCCCUGCGUCAUGCAGGAAGGAAAAAAGCCCAGACAAUGCUUGAAGGAAGGACACUGCAGAAGUUUGCAAGUUUCUUUUUUUGAGUGCAAAAGAUCAAUGUUGGAUGCCAGAGCAAGAUUCAGAGGAAGGAAGGGAUACUGAAGCCUUUGUGAAGAGAGCCAAGCAUGGCGAAUUGUGGAUGUAUCAGUGCUUUAAGCAAAAUACAGAGACUAAAAUAAGAAGAGUAUAUCUGCUGCAUCCUCCCAGUCAUGAAGUAUUCUCUUGGAAAAUACCUGCUUUCAAGAACUCUGAUAGAUUGAGGCUGACAUGCACCUAAAAUACUGAAAAGAAAACCAAUAUUAGGCUGGCAGUUUGGAGUGAUAUGAAAUGCCCUAAUGCAUUUUAAAUAAACUAUGCAAAAUCCAAAAUAAGCUGUAGCAAUCUUUAGCUGAGUCAAUUUGUUUUGAAAUUGAGAUUUCCUUUCAGUUUAAGUUUGUAGUUUUAUUUCUCUAAAACCAUAAAACAUUGUCAGAGUGAGAUAUAGAAUGAUUGAAAUUGGUAGACCGCUUGAGUAAGGUUCUGCAGUAUCAUUCAGGAAACCUGAGAUAGGUCUCUUGUUUCCCAGGUUGGCAGGGCCGACAUACACUGAAAUGUACAGGUUAGCCUCUGGGGAAGAGAGUGGCUUAUAUUGCUCAAUAGUGAAUUCCAGUUAAUUAGAGUGCAGUUGGUACCUGUCCAGUUCCCAAGAACUGUGUCACCAUCUCUUCAUCCCUCCGCAAAAUUCCUUUUUUAAUAUGAUGGUUGGUGUAAGUUCAUUCGUACAUUGUAGCCUUUCACUACUGAAGAGCUAAAUUAAAGUUGGAGUUACUCUUAAGAGUUAAAAUAUGUCUGUCUGAAAGUGACUGUUCGUUUUGAAAAACAACCACCACUUUUAAGAGAAAUAUAGUUCAUCUGACCAGUACUAGUAUAUAGAGGAAGAGAUGCACAUGAGAAGUAAGAGUAAUUAAAUGUCAUGUUUUUCACUCAGACAUGCAGCUGAAGUGAUUUUAUUAUAGUGUGCCGACAACAGCCUCUAGAUUCCUUUGAGGUUAUGCUGGAUUUUUUCCCCUUACUACCCAAACAAAUAUACUUUACACACUUGACUACAAUUCAAAAUUACAUUUUUUCUUAAUUUUGUAUUAAACAUUAAUUAUGUACCACAAACUUUAUAAUUUUUUUUAUUCCUGCUUUCUUAUUCCUUUCCGUACUAUAAAAUGUAUAUAUGGGUGUAUAAUUUUCAAAUUGUCAUUCACAUUCAUUUAAAUUAUGACUGGUUUUCUAUGGUAAACUUGUUUUUUAAAUCUUAGCAUUUCCACGUGUUCCUUUUGUGCUACUUAAUUCACAAGUUUGUAUAAUUGCAUAAUUCAUAAUGUAGUUCAGCUGGAAGGCCAAACAAUAAAUGAAGGGAAAGGAAAAAUGUUUUUGUUUUUUAAAUCAAGGAUGUCUCCUCUCAGUGCCAGAUCUGUCUGUAACAUGUAAGUAUUAGAGGAUGUUCUUUAUUAUAUAUGCUGCCUAGCGUUAGGCAUUUCACAGGUCCAAAAAUAAUUGGUCAAUUGAUUUGUCAUAUAUUUUAAAGCACUAAUUUAUUAGAAUGGGAACAACAGUAACAAGAGAGGAAGACUUUUUGUUUCUAAUAGGCUUAGCUCAGAUACUUACUCUUAAUUACAAAAAAAAUUAUUUAACUGCGUUAUUUCAUCUUAGAACAAUGCAAAUAACAACCAUGAAACAAAGUUCUGAAAUAUGAAAGAAUGGCACCAUAAUGCAAUCAGAAAUGUAGGUAACCACCUACAUCAGUUCUUGCUGGAACAUGUGACAGUACGGUAACUCCUCACUUAAUGUUGUCCCAGUUAACUUUGUUUUGUUGUUACGUCGCUGAUCUAUUAGAGAACGUACUCAUUUAAAGUUGCGCAAUGUUCGCUUAUAACAUUGUUUGGCCACCACCUGUUAGUACAGUACUUUGUCCACUACUUGCAGGAUUCUUUGUAAGAGCAGCCCCUCGGAGCUAGUGGGUGGGGGCUUCAAACCAGGAUUGGCCAGCAGCUCCCCUUUGAGCUCCCCUCCACCUGCACUUCCCGCCUGACAGUGAGCUCCAGGAUUAGUGCCUCCCACAUCCCUCCCUGCACCUCCCAUCUGCAGCAAUCAGCUGUGUUGCAGUGUUCAGGAGGCUCUGGGGAGGAACCAGGAUGCAGCAUGCACCCUCCCACCUCCCUCCCCAUGCCUCUCGCCCACAGCAAUCAGCUGUUUUGCAGCAUUCAGGAGGGUGGGGAGGAUCGAGGAUAUGGUAUGCUUGGGGGAUGGGGGUUGAGCAGGGGCAGGGGGCAGGCCAGGGGCAGAGCUGGCAGUUGAGCACCCUCCUGCACUUUGGAAAGAACAGCAAGAGGAACAGCCAGACAGUCCACACACUGACUCCACCACCUCAACCAAGUUGAGUAGAGUAUUAAGUUGUUUAAAACUUAUACCUGUAUUACUUUGUUUAAACUUGUGCUGUAUAUGUAUAUAAUGUCUUUAGUCUGGCAAAAACAUUUCCCUGGAAACUAACUCCUACAUUUACAUUAAUUCUUAUGGGGAAAUUGGGUUCACUUAACAUCGUUUUGUUUAAAGUUUCAUUUUUCAAGAACAUAACUACAACAUUAAGCUGGGAGUUACUGUAUUUGAGUGUGAUCAAAUAAUAGGUGGUCAAUGGGCAUUUUUGACCAGUUUAUCAAGCCUAAUAUUGCCACUCAGUUUUCUUAUAACUAUUCAUGAGAGUGGGAUUCCUUUACUUCUGUUCUUGUAGUAUGGCUCCAAGGGGACCAAACCAGGUGAUUUGCCACUUCAUAGACUCUUUUUAUCUAAGCCAUGUUCUGCCUUGGUAACAAAGUAAGGCACACACAGAACAUACUGUAACCAAAACUUAGUUACCCAAGAACUAAUUUCUGAAAAAGGCUUUUUAAUACUCAAUACUUAACUCUGUAUUUAAUAAGAAAACUCUUCAACAAUUUCUCGAUGCUCUUUCAAGGGCAUGUACUUUAAAAACAAACAUAAAAUCCUCUCCAAACUGCAUUGGUGCCCUAACCCAGACACCUUUUCUGUGAAUAGUUGAACCUUACAACCAGGGCACCUUUGUACCCAAAAUAUAGAGGCAUCAUGGGGAAAUAUUGUGACAACUCUUCAUAUUCCUUUUAUGGAAAAUGUAAUGUUGCAGAGGUCAGUUUUAUCACGUUCUGUCUUUCAUCAAGUCGAUCUGAGCAUAAAGAAGAAAUGUCUCUAAACACAAGAUAAAACAAGCAAGGAGGUUCAUGAAAUGUGAAAAAGUACUAGCUCAAAUAUGAGCUUGGUGUAUGCAAUAUUGAGUUAAAUUAGUUAUACCCUUAGAUAGUUAUUUUCAGCUAACAUUAAAGCAUCUUAAAAGUAGCUGCUUUGUGUGGGGGAAAUCUUUUGGAGCCCUUUAAAAGCCAAAUAGCCUCAGAAAUGAUGAUUUAACUCUUAAAAUGGAGGGAAUUAAAGUAAUUUUAGCCAACCUGAUUAAUAAACUAGAACAUAAGACAUAUAAAUAAGGAAAUGAAUGUAAGGAUAAAGAUAACUACCAGCUUUUGCCUACCUUCUCCAAUGGAUAAUUAAUAUAUUUAGUGCUAACUGGAAGGCCAGCCCCAAGAAUGGCUGGACAUUUGUAAUGAUAAACAAUGUCUUUUUUUUUUUAAGCAUUUGAUAGUUUUUUAAAUAGAUAAAAUUUGGUUGUUUUGGGCAAGAAUGUUAAACAAUUUUUCUUAUGGAGUUUUCCUCUGUUUAGAUAUGUAGUAUGUGUUAAUCUAUCUUGUAUUACUCCUGAGGGAAUUCGGUGCCAAAAAAAAAUAAAAAUUCUGUGCACAAUA